GAAGUACAAAAUUCAAGCACAAAAGUGACAAAAGUGCGAGAUAUACCUCAUGAUAAACUAUAGAAUUCCCACACAAAUUUUUUAUUGUGUUUACGUGCUACUGCAGGCGUGUCCCUCGACCAUUUUGGCACAUCCUCAUUACCAUACUAAGUGCAAGAACUUGCAACAUUUAUAACAACUUUUAAAGCCGCUAUUGAUGCAGCACGAGCGUCGCUUACAAAAGCUCACGACUGGAUACCAUUAAAUUUAUUUGAUUAGAUUUUGUCCGGUCGUCCUUGAUGAAUAGCAGUUGACAAGCCGAAAAUUCCAAAUUCCGCGUUGAAGCUUGAUAAUUGGUACACAUCUUUAGCAGCAACUGGCAAGCAGUGUUUGUGACACUUAAACUGAUACCUGAAUAUCAAUUGAAUGCAUAAAAACAUGGCAAUUGCAUCGAAACAAUGUUGGACCAGCUGGGACCAGCACCCAACGGCUUUCUAAAAUCGAUAAGACAAAGGCAAGAGAGAAAACUUAAAAUUCGACACCGAAAUAGACAUGAUCCUUCUCACUCUUUUAAUGUUAUACUCUUUUUGUUUGUACGCAUAAGCGUUCAAGGUUACAUUAUCAAACUGGUUGCGUUUAUUUUAUUAAUAUAUCAUGGUCUCCUACUGUAUGCCUCGUGGUCGUUUCCGUAUUAAACCGCCAAAUUUUCGCCAAUUACGUCAGAAACAUAGAACAUCGCAAUGCUUUGCUAAGAUAGACAACUGUUCUGUUUUUAGUGCUAUCGAAUGGCAAUUAAACAAGCAAAAUUGUAUAAAAAACCGAAUACUCCAUACGGCGACGCAAUUUCAAUCCAAAAUAUACAGUCUACUACCAUUACGUUUACGUUACGUGCGCUACUGGGGUUGGUUGGCUUCAUGUUAUAUACUAGAAAGUAUGCGGCUGACGAGGAUGAUCGUCAUUACGAUCGAUUCUGAUGCCACAUAA